AUGGUACUUUAUGAAAUUGCCACUGGAGGCAAAAUGCCUUUUGAAGAAAUUGAAUCAGAUGAUAUCUUUAAACGUUCUAUUUGCGAAGAUAAAAGACCCGACCUUAAUUUGAUAUCAAAUGUUUCCGCAGAAUAUAAAGAAAUUAUGAUUAAAGGUUGGGCUUCUAAUCGUCAAGAUAGACCAACGAUAACACAAAUGUUUGAAGUAUUAGACAAAUUACACCAUGAAAGAGACACAUCUGAAUUCGAUACAGGAAAUAUUAUAAUUGAUACUACUUUCUCAUCUGGUUCAACUUCUACCCCACCAGUACCUUCUAUAAAAAUUGAAAAUAAAUUAAAACUCUUGUCUCCCGGCGCUUUUUCUUACAAAAAAAAAUCCAAUAGUUCUAGUAGUCAAAUUAGCAUGUAUUCCAACUCCUCAUCACGUUCAGAAUUACCUUCCUUAAUACCGAGACAUACCAGAAGUUCUAGUCGAUCUAGCUGUAAUUCAAGUAUCAGCAGCAGCGAGUAUGAUGGUCAUGAUUACAUGUCACAUAAAUAUUUUUUGGUAGAAACAGAUCCAUCCGAUAAAUUUUGUGAAGAUCACCUCGACCUUAGUGAUCAUGGUGAUUCGGAGAACCUAUUAGAAACUUUCCAAUUUAGAAAAAGAUCACUUAAGAAUAAUGAAAUCAUUGGUGAUUUAAAUCUUGCUUACGAAUACGAACGUGAUGCUAAAUAUACUCGAGCAUUUAAAAUCUUUAAGCAAUACGCAGAAUUAGGUUCUGCUGAUGCACAAUUCAAGGCUGGAAAACUCCUAAGAACUGAUAAAUUUAAAUUCGAUCUCUGUAAAGCUCGACGUUUCGCAGCGAAAUAUUUUUAUGAAGCGGCUAAACAAGGCCACACAGAUGCACAAUAUGAAUAUGGAACAUAUAUAAUUCGUACACCUAACAUUUUUAAUCAAUCAAUAAAAAUACGUGAGGAAGCUCUCGAUUUUAUUAUCAAGGCAUCAAAUCAAAAGAAUAUUAAAGCAAUGAAAUUUUAUUCCGAAUUAUUGAGUAAAGAUGGACAUAAAUACGGUGUUAAACUCGAUCUACCAAAAGCUGAUAAAUUAAAGGAAUUAAUUGAACAUGAAAAUAUCAAACAACAUCAAAAAUGUAAAACGUAA